AGGGGGGAAAUAGUACGCUAACAAGUCUACGUCGGCAGGGUCCUGCUCAUGGACAUCACGCAGGCGGCCUUCGGGUUGGACAUGAAGUCGGCGUCGCGCAUCUACUUCAUCAACCCGGUGCUGAACCCGCAGGUGGAGGCGCAGGCGAUCGGGCGGGCGCGGCGCAUCAGCCAGACGCGGGCGGUGACGGUCGAGACGCUGGUGCUGCGCGGCAGUGUCGAGGAGGUGAUCGUGCGGCGCCGCGGCGAGAUGACGCAGGCCGAGCAGCGCAGGUGCCGCUCCAUCCUCGACGACAGGCCGAUAUACGAGUGGAUCCUCAACGCGCGGAUCCUGCCCCUCCCUACGGGCGAGGGUGGGCGGGAGCUGUCGGGCCCGGAGCAGAUGGCUGCGCUGAGGGAGCCGCAGUUCAUCUUUGGCCGCGGCUUUGGGCGCGAGCUGAGCCACCCGGACCAGGAUCUGGUGACGGUGAAUGGGUCGCCGGUGGGCAAGAAGCGAAGUAAUGGCGUGGUCGUUGUGGAGAGGGGUCUCAAGAGGCCGUCUCCGCCGGCGACUCCGCCGCCGCGGGAGGGCAGCGCUACGCCCACGAAGAAGAGAGUUCGAGUACGGUUUGCUGAGUCUGGCCACGAGGAGGGAGGAUGAAGAAUAGGAUCGCUGCCGGCUGUCUCGAGGGCUAAUUGUAUUCUGGUGAUCGAGUCAAAGAUGUAUCGUGUUGGCCGCUACGGCGGCGCAACCCGACGGCGGUGGUGUCAGGGGCCAUUCCAAUCGAC